GCUAUAAAAUCGGACUGAAACCUUAAGUCACCAAUCAAAAUUUAAUUAAAAACCUAAGAUGAAGUUGCUAGCUGUGGUACUUCUGCUAAUCCUAGAAUCAUCUGUUCACGGCCGACCUACUUUCGAUAGGAUUGCCGAGAUCCUGUUAGAGGGUCUGGAGGAUUCGGCGCAUUAUCACCAAGGAGGACACCCACAACACGGCAGGCCAGACUGCAACCACGGCUACAGAGAGGGAUAUGGCUAUCAAUAUGGAAGACCACAGGGUGGAGAAUACUAUCAUCAACCUAGGCCAGUAUAUCCUUCCACUGGAUACUACCCGCAACCUGCUCGUCCGGAUUAUUACAAUCCAGAAGGCCCCACUUACUAUCCCAAUCAUUACGGAUCGGCGUCAUCCCCUGGUGGCUACAGACAGCGGGGUUACUAGCAUUCAAAAAAACGUUUCGUUUCAUCGAUUCCCCUGCCUCUGUCCAGCCAUCCAGACAUCGAUUAAUUCAUAUUUUUGUUUAUUUUAUAAUUUAUUAAAAAAUUCGUGAAUCUUCGUCAA